CCCUUAUUGACUUAUUCUUAUAGAAAAAGUAGACUUGUUUCAAAAGGUUCCUAUUUUUCCUAUUUUGGAGCUAAAAGUAUCUCUUCAAGAUUUCUGACAAUGAGAAUAUAAGAAAAUUCACAGAUCUUUGCCGAAUUGUGAGAUGAAAACUGAUGAUAAAUAUUGACUUCAGAAGCAUGACUCAUCAAAUCCGAGGACUCCAAUUGCUCCUCAGGUUUUCUCACAGAUGCCUUUUUUGCAGUCUAAAAAUACUAACAAAUCAGAAUACUCUGAGGAUCUUGGUAGUUCAUCAGACAGACAAACCAGCUUGGUAUCUUCAUUUUCAACAAUAAAGCUGUCAAGAAGACAAAUGAAGACUAUUGAAAGAAAUUUUACUAAUUCAAACGCAAGAAAAGAUGUAGUCUAUAAAGCUAUCCUCAGAUUCUUUAGGAGAGCCUGCCAGUUCGAAGUCAAGCAGAUGAGAUGCAGGUACUCGAACUAUGAGCAGAUGAAUGGAAUCUCCUGUAACCAUCUUGAUGAGAAGUCUACCACUUUUCUCCAAGAAGUGCUAGGGUUAUCAGUGACACAUCAACUAAAAGAGUUGUUCUUAGUACUAAUCACUUUCAAGCCUAUUCAGCCCGGCUUGACUGCUUCAAGCUAUGUCUUCAGCGAUUUGCUCACCAAUUGUAUUAAAAAAUUUAAUAAAAAAAAUUUGAGCCAGCUAUUUGCUAACAAAUUAUUAGCAAAAAUGUUCUUAGCCUUUUGGAAAAAUCAGCAGAGAUUUCAAGAGAUGGUUACUAACCUAAAUCAAAACAGAGUUGAAGAAAUAAACCAAAGAGCCUUCAGAUACUACCUCAACAGUCUCCUCCAUACCUGCAAUCAGACUCUAAACAUGCCAACUCAGAAUGGUUCAUAA